AUGCGGGGCGGGAUGCGAGACCGGGACGGGCCGGGCCCGCGGCACCCGUGCCGGCCGGGUUUCGGUUCCGCCUGCCCCGGCUCACGGCCGCCUGCGCUCCCUGCAGCUCCUUUCUGCCCUUGGCACCGCCUGUCCGGCCUCGGCGAGCUCCCAGUGCUGCCGCGGGGCCCCUCCCAGACGGUGAUCCAGUGCGAGGAGGGGGAGGUGUGUCUGCUCUGGGACGACGGCCCCAGGCUGGAGGAUUUUUACCACCUGGAGGAUGACGACGAGGACGAGUCCGACAUAGAUUACGAGGAGCGGAAUGAGUUUUGGGACGUUCCCCUCGUGGAGCGGCCCCGGCCUUACAGCUACUGCGGCUUCCGAAAGUCCUUCUUGUGUGCGGAGCCGCCGCCGCCGCCGCAGCCCCCCCGCAGCGCCCUGGAGGCGCGGCUGGACCGGCUGCCCACGCCCCGCCGGGCCCGGCUCACGGCUGAGGAGGCAGAGAGGAACGCUCAGGAGCUGGUGGCGGAGGAGGAGCGGGUGAAGAGGAAAGCAGAGAAGAAAAAGCUGAAGAAGAAGAAGCAAAAAGACCGGAAAAAACGAGAGAAACUGUGUCAAGAGCAGAAGAACAAGGAGAACACUGACCCAAGUCCCCUGGCCCCGAGCAGCCCUGCGGGCACUGGGCCCCCCCAGGAUGGAGCUGAGGAGGAGGGGGGCUGCACAGGCCCCUCCCCACACCCCGGGAGCUCCACAGCCCCAUCAGAGGACACAGAGGGAGCAGAGGAGGAGCUGGACCUGAGCUGCACCUUCGUCUGCAAAGCGCGGGAGAAGGCCGGGGUCCGGCUGCGCCCCCCUGGCAGGGAGAGACCCCCCGGCACGGGGGACACGGAGCUGGGCAGGAGGGCACCAGAUAAGGGCAGUGGGGAGAGCCCUGCCCCUCCCCAGCCCCCCAGCCCCAGUACAGUGGAACAGAGCCUGAUGCUGGCAGGCCAUGGCAUCGCUGCAGCCCAGGCAGGCCUGCACGACGAGGCCGUUCUGGCCUUCAGCGCCGCCCUGGAGCUGAACCCCCAGGAGCACCGGCUCCUGGGGAACCGCUCGUACUGCCUGGAGAAGCUGGGCCGCUACGAGGAGGCGCUGAGAGACGCAGAGGCGGCGCUGGGGCUGCAGCCGGGCUGGCCCAAGGGCUCCUUCCGCAAGGGCAAGGCCCUGCGGGGGCUGCAGCGCUACGCCGAGGCCGCGCACACCUUCGAGCAGCUGCUGCUGCGGGACGGGGCCAACACCGAGGCCACUGCACAGCUGGAGGCCUGCCGGGCCCUGCUGCGGCAGCGCAGCCGCCCCGGGGCGGUCCCUGUGUCCCCCUUCCUGCCCGAGACCAAGGAGCCGCCGCUUCUCCCUGGGGGGUGGGCGAGCGGGAGCUGCCAGCACGCGGGUGACACGAGUGUGGCGGGGGGGAGCACCGGGACCCCCACGAGAGGCCCAGGACAGGGACCUGCCACGGCCACCAGCCACCCGACACUGCCAGCGAGCCAUCCUGCCAGGGACUGCUUUCCACUCUGGGUGGGCAAUGUCACCUCCCGCAUCAGCGAGAAGGUGCUGCGCCACGCCUUUGGCCGGUUCGGGGAGAUCCACUCGGUGCGGAUGCUGCCGGGCCGGCGCUGUGCCUUCAUCAACUUCUGCGGGAAGGCGGCGGCGGAGGCGGCCUUCGGGGCCAUGCAGGGUGCCACCGUGGAGGGCAGCGAGCUGGUGCUGCAGCUCAAGCACCCGUCCCACGCCACGCCGGCCCCCCUGCCCCGCUCCAGGGGGGGCGUCCCUGCCGGGGGGCUGCUCAGAUGACCCUGCUCUGUCGGGGGGGGCUGCCGGGGCCCCCCUGCACCUGCCUGUACCUGCCUGUGCCUUGUCCCUCUAC